AUUAAAUAGAAGUUUGGUUGACUUUCUUUUACGAGCAAGCAUGCCGCUGAAGUUAGACAUUAAGAAAGUGCAUUCUACCAGGAGUGACCGUGUGAAAUGUUGCGAUAUCCACCCGACGGAGCCGUGGAUGAUGGUGUCCCUGUUCAACGGAAGUCUCCACCUCUGGAACUACGAUACCCAGCAGAUGGUCAAGUCUUUUGAGGUCGGUGAUGUGCCCGUCAGAUGUGCCAUAUUCGUCCCACGCAAGAACUGGAUAGUAGCCGGAGCGGACGACAUGCACAUCCGAGUACAUAACUACAACACUAUGGAGAGAGUGCACAAGUUCGAGGCCCACUCGGACUACCUCAGAUGUCUGGCUGCUCACCCGACUCAACCUUACCUCCUUUCUUCCAGUGAUGACAUGUCGAUCAAAUUGUGGGAUUGGGACAAGAGGUGGCAGAACAUUCAGACGUUCGAGGGUCAUGGACACUACGUGAUGCAGAUUGUAAUCAAUCCCAAAGACAACAACCAGUUCGCAUCCGCCUCACUCGAUAAAACCGUCAAGGUGUGGCAGUUCGGUGCCAACCAGCCCAACUUUACCCUAGAAGGCCAUGACAAGGGAGUGAACUGUGUGGAUUAUUACACUGGGGGAGACAAGCCAUACCUCAUCAGUGGGGGAGACGACAGACUCGUCAAAAUAUGGGAUUACCAGAACAAAUCUUGUGUUCAAACUCUGGAUGGUCAUGCCCAUAAUAUCUCAGCAGUGAAGUUCCACCCCCACCUGCCAAUCAUCCUGACAGGAUCUGAGGACGGGACCCUUAGAUUGUGGCAUUCGAGCACUUACCGGCUGGAGACGACCCUCAACUAUGGAUUGGAGAGGGUGUGGUCCAUAGCCUGUGCCAAGAACUCGAACCACGUCGCAAUCGGGUAUGACGAGGGCUCCAUUAUGAUCCGACUGGGGAGAGACGAGCCAGCGAUGAGCAUGGACGCCAGCGGGAAGAUCAUCUGGGCCAAGCACUCGGAGAUCCAGCAGGGCAAUCUGAACGCAGUGGUCGAUGUGGAUCUGAAGGACGGAGAGAGGGUGCCUCUCAAUGUGAAGGAGAUGGGCAGCUCAGAGGUGUACCCACAGAUCAUCAAACACAGUCCCAACGGAAGGUUUGUGGCUGUGUGUGGAGAUGGAGAGUUCAGCAUCUACACUGCGAUGGCCCUGAGGAACAAGGCUUUCGGGUCUGGACUGGAGUUCGUCUGGUCCAGCGACUCAGCAGUCUAUGCUGUACGGGAGCAGACCACUGUGAAGAUAUUCAAGAACUUCAAGGAGAAGAGCACCUUCAAACCAGAGUUGGGAGUCGAUGGUAUCUUUGGAGGUAAUAUGCUGGGAGUGAAGUCUAACCAUGGACUGGCGUUCUAUGACUGGGAGGACAACUCUCUUAUUAGGCGCAUUGAAAUCCAGCCAAGAUUGAUCAUCUGGAGUGAGUCUGGAGAGAUGGUGUGUAUAGCCACCGAAGAGUCCUACUUCAUCCUCAAGUACUCGUCGGAGGCAGUGGCCAAGGGCAUGGAGAACAGGGCGGCCAUUCCAGAGGACGGCAUCGAGGAGGCAUUCGAUGUGGUAGGAGAAAUCGGAGAGGUUGUCAAGACAGGACUGUGGGUGGGUGACUGUUUCAUCUACACAAACAAUGUGAACAGACUGAACUACUUUGUUGGUGGGGAAAUUGUGACCAUUUCACACCUUGACAGGGAAAUGUAUCUGCUGGGCUACAUGGCCAAGGAUAACAGAUUGUAUCUGGGGGACAAGGAGCACUGUGUGGUCAGCUACAGUGUGCUGUUGAGUGUGUUGCAGUACCAGACACAUGUGAUGCGGAAGGACUUCAAGAUUGCAGACCAGGUGUUGCCACAGAUACCCAGGGAACACAGGACAAGAGUGGCCAACUUCCUCGAGAAACAAGGAUUCAAAGCACAGGCCCUGACUGUGACCACUGACCCGGAACACAAGUUCGAAUUGUCACUGCAACUCGGAGACCUCAAGACGGCCUACCACAUUGCCCGGGAGUCAGAGUCCCAGCAGAAGUGGAAGCAACUUGCUGACCUGGCCAUUCGCCAGUGUCAGUUCGGACUAGCUCAGGAGUGUCUGCAUCAUGCGCAGGACUAUGCUGGAUUGUUGCUUCUGGCGUCUUCAGCAGGACAGACUGACGUGAUGGCCAAACUGGCGAGUGCAGCUGAGACGGCGGAGAUCAAUAAUGUGGCAUUCUACUCGUUCUUCAUGCUCGGAAAGCUGGAUGAAUGUCUGGACAUAUUGAUUAAUACCAACCGACUCCCAGAGGCGGCUUUUUUCGCCCGCACUUACCUGCCCAGCCAGAUAUCGCGAGUAGUGCAGCUGUGGAAAGGUAGUCUGGCCAAGACGAGUCCCAAACAGGCCGAGGCACUGGCGGAUCCGAUGCAGUACGAGAACCUGUUUCCCACUCUCCAGACAGCACUCCAUGCAGAGCAGUAUCUCCAGGGCCAGAGUAGAAAGGCAAUGCCCGCAAAGACAUUCCCUUCCACCACCCCGAACUGGGAGCGAAAUGUAUUGGAAGAGGCCUCAAACUGGUCAGGGGAGGAAGGAGUUCAUCUUCAGCAGCAGCCUCAGUCAUCCGCAUCAGAUACAGCAGGCAGAGAAGGAAGUGGAUCAAGUCAUGACAACUCUGCUCAUGAUUUGAGCGAGACAGUAGACGAGCAAUUUCACGACGCCGACGGAGAAAAGGGUGAAAUAGUUAAUGAAACAGAUAACAAUCAAGCAGAGCCCGAGCCCAGUGGGACUGAAGAAGAUGUGAAAAAGAAAAGCGAAGAGGAACUGUCUUUGGACGAUGACCUUGAGAAACUGAAUUUGGACGAGGCAGUGGAGGGCACAGACGCCCACGACGCAGUAGUCAUGGAUGACGACGAGGAUGAUAUAGACGAAGAUGAACUCCUGAAAGACGACUGAGUGAUCCCGCCAAUCAAAUUCCAGACAAGACUGAAUUAGUUGUUUCCUCUAAUAAAUUCAUAGUUUUGGUCCAUGUUCAUUUUAUCAGACGAGGUGAUGCAAGGAUAUUCACUUUUUGAAUGUGAAAAAGGUAGUUCAUAUGAGCAAAAGGUGUUUUUGAUAUCAUACUGGAUUUGAUCAAUAAGAUAAAUGAAAUUAUUGUGGAGCAUAAAUUUGGGCUGUGGGUGCUAGCGAUAUGCAGUAGUUGUUCACGAGUUCGGUGGAUGUACAAUUUGACUUUUUUGAUCAAUGGUGCAAGAGAUAUUUCUGUAACAUCAUAUUUGAAUCGACUUAUUAUGGCUUAAAUUUUGUGUAAAAUGUGUAAAAAUUCUGAUAUAUAAUUAUAGUUUCAAAAUUUG